AGCAUAUUUAAGAUCUGGAGUUUAGCCUAGCUUGCUCCAAGCAAAGCCAUGGCCUCCAAACAGACGCUGCAUAUGAAUCAAGGACAAGGGGAAACAAGCUAUGCUUGCAACUCCAGUGCUCAGAGUGUUGAACAGAACAAGAUGAAACCCCUCAUAGAAGCAGCCAUCCUUGACUUAUGCAGCAGCAGCAGCACAAUGUUGCCAACGAAGAUGGUGAUCGCCGAUCUGGGUUGCUCCUCUGGCCCAAACGCUCUAACACUAGUGUCAAUAGCUGUCCAGGCCAUACACAGUCACUGCCUUCAGUUCGUACAGCCACCACCAGAAGUAUGUGUGCUCCUCAACGACCUCCCCCACAACGACUUCAACACGGUGGUGAAGAGCCUGGUCACGCUCCAUCAGGGAAAUGACCCUAUUGUCGUGACCGGUGUUGCACCAGGGUCGUUUUACGAGAGGCUAUUCACUAGUGGCUCCUUGCAUCUUGUCUGCUCGUCCAAUAGCCUGCAUUGGCUCUCAAAGGCUCCUGAAGUGCUUACUAGUAACAAGAUCUCGGCGUAUGACAUUGAUGAGCAUGCUAGGCUUCAAAAGCUCCCUAUCGUCUUUGAGGCUUAUGGACAACAGUUCAGGAAAGAUUUCACACUUUUCCUCAAGCUAAGAGCCAAGGAAUUGGUUCCAGGAGGUCGGAUGGUUAUUUCUCUUCCAGGGAGGCGUUCCGAUGAACUUGCUUCUGAAUUCUGUCACCUCUGGGAAACAUUGGCUCAGAUUUUACGUGUCAUGACCAUAGAGGGUGUGAUAGACAGAGUGAAAUUUGAUUCUUUCUAUGUGCCAAUGCAUGGACCUUCCCAUGAAGAGCUGAAGGUGAUCAUUCAAGAAGAAGGAUCUUUUUCGAUCAGUGAGAUGCAGGUGCACGACCCCCGAAGCUGUGUGGAUAAUGCGCUCAUUGUCCCAAGUAUGUUCGCAAGUAUGAUGAGAGCCGUAUUUGAGCCGAUAAUUGUCCAACAUUUUGGGGAUGUCAUGGAUGAAUUCAUGGCAUGCACGGAGCAGCGAUGGAGCCAACCGGGCAGCUUGGAGGAAGAAGUUGCCGGAAACCCGCUAGUUAUGCUGGUUGUAUCACUCACGAAGGCAUGACCAGGUAACUGCUGUUUAUACUUGCUUGCCUUUUUGUAAAGGUACACUACACACCUUGUGACCUUGUCUCCUUUGAUCUUUAUGGUUAGUAUCUAGAAUAGUGACCUGUUACGCCCCUCUUAAGAGGUUAUAGCGUGUCUUGAGAUUUUAAAAGGCGACGACCAAUGCAUAGCACUUCAUUAUUUAACACAUCCUUGAGUGUUGUGAAAGUUUUCAUAUCUAUAUAUGACCGCUCAAGAUUGUAACCUUGCUCUCUUUUUCCUUUUUAUUUGACAAAAUGGUCUCGAUGUGUUAUUUGUUUCUGAAGAUUAAAUUUGCUCGGGAGAUUAUGAACAGAAAAAGAACUUACAAGAGACUGCAGGGAGGAUAUAAGAGCAGAAACAAGACUAAAACUAAGUGCCCGGGCUGCCCGAGACUGUAACAUUUGUUCUGGUUAUUCUUUAUAUCUCCCUUUUCUUUCAGAAAGAUGACGGGUGUUUCAUUUUUUCGUGUAACUCAAUUUUAUUACAAUGUUAGUCAUGGCGACAGUUGACAGUAUUGUAAUACUUAUUGUGUGAUCCAUUCCAUAACAAUGUCUCGAAACUCCAAUUUACUGCUCUUAUUCUUAUUCA